CAAUUGUUCCCCCAUCCGGAGAUCUGUCAUAUUUCCAGUUUCCCUCGCAGUGUCGAGUCUGGGAAGCCCGUGUUGCUAUAAAUACUGCGCCGCUGCGAAAAAUUCACCAUGCUCGUCACUCUGGCUACAGCGUUCCUGGCCUUGAGCGGCUUCGUGAGCGCCCAUGGAUCUCACCCCGACUCGCCGCCCUCCUCGGACUGGGCGACACGGCAUAUGCAAGAGGAACACCACAUCGAUUCCUUCGACGCCGCAUCGUUCUUCUCGCUGCACGACUACGACUCGUCCGGGGCCUGGACACCCGAUGAGGUGCGCAAGACGUACGGGAUGGACGACGAGACCAACGCGGCGCAGAGCGAGGACAGCAAGUCCCAGGCCCUGAGGACAGUGUUCGCGCUGUUCGACCCGACAAACACCGGGUUCAUCAGUCGCGACAACUGGAUGCGCAUCGUCUCCGAAGGCACUGCGCUGCCUGACCUCGGGUUCGGCCCCGGUCAUCACGGCGACAUCGAGUAUGAGUACGAGAUCCACCAUUUCGAGAAGUUCCACGGCGAAGACGCCACGGAGGAGGAACUCACCCACCCCGAGGAUAUCGAGCAUUUCCGCAAGCACGACGAGGAGGACCUCGCCAUGGAGCGCCUCGAGCAGCUCGAGAACAUGCAGAUCGUGGAGGCCAACAUACCGCAGAAGUUCCUCAGACAAGCUUAGAUGAGUGUAUAUUAGAUUUCUCUUCUGUGGUUGCUGUACAUAUGUUUGAUGAUAUGAGCCGGUGGGUGUCGGUUACACCACUACAUACAACAUGGGAUAUACCCUUUCCUGACUGACUUGACGCGAUGUGCCUUGGAAAUCUAACGACGCAAGCUGUCCAUAUCAUCAGACCCCGGACACCUCGCCCCGAGGCGCCAGCCUGACAUCGAAGACAC